GAAAAGGCACAGCAUCAGUCAUAUUCCUCAGCCUCUUCUGCACAUGCACGCAGAAGAAACAGCGAGUUCUUGAGAGAGAGAGAGAGAGGGAGAGAAGGAGAAGGAGAGAGAUGGGGAAUUACAGGUUCAGAUUGUCAGACAUGAUCCCCAAUUCCUGGCUGCACAAGCUCAGGGACAUGAACAGUAGGACCAAAUCAUCAAGAGCUCAUCAUCAUCACCACCAGCUCCCUCCUCCGACCAAGAAGAAGCAGUCGCCGUCCUCCUCCUCCGCCACGCCGCCCCACUCCUCCGGUUCCAAGUCGAACCCGCUUCCGGACCCGCCCCAUCCCAGGAAGUCCUACCACUUCGCCAGGGAGCUCACCCCUCCCCACCCCCACCACCAUUUCCCCAGCCCCCCGAGGAAGUCGGCCAAGCAGAGGCGGCCGCCGCGCAGAGCCCGCCGCUCGUCCCCGAGGCUCGUCGCCUCCUCCGUCUCCGCCGGCUGCAGCUGCCGCGCCACCGCCACGCUCGGCUCGUUCUGGACCAAGCCCGAGCCGGUGCCCGAGUGCUCCACUUCGCCUCCGUCCGACGCCUCCACCGCCUCCGACUCGGAAGAGCUCCUCCCAGUGUCCGAUGCUCUGCCCCAGCUGAGCCCCGAGUCGUGCGGCGGCGGGGUCGUCGCGCACCGGUCGUUCGACCAGAUGGUGUCCUGGUCCAGCUCCUCGUGCCGAUGCAGGGUGCUCGACUCCGACGAGUCGACUGACAGGAAGCAAGCGAAGAGCCCAGAUGGGUGCGAGUCAGUGUCGACAGAGGUCGAGCUUCCCCCAAUCCUGACGAAGCCUGCGAACUUCAGUGACAUGGUCAAGAAUAUGAAGAACAGAGAUACCCACGAGCCGACGGAGGGCCGGACGACGUCGCAGCUCACGGUCAGAGUCGUGAAGGCGGAGCGACUCACGGUGCAGGAACACAGCAAGGCCAGGAGGUCGUUCUCAGUGAGCUCGCCAGGGGUGAAGCUGAGAAUCAACUCCCCGAGGCUAGCGAGCACCAAGAGGGCCCAGAGCCAGGGCACCCACCACCACCACCGCCCCGGCCGGAAGAGCGCGUCGUCGCCGUCGCCGUCGAACAGGAGGAGGCGGAGCGUGUCGGACAGCUUCGCCGUCAUGAAGUCGUCGGUCGAUCCGCAGAGCGACUUCAGGGACUCGAUGAUGGAGAUGAUCGUGGAGAACGACAUCAGGGCGUCCAAGGACCUGGAGGAGCUCCUGGCUUGCUACCUGUCGCUGAAUUCGGACGAGUACCACGAUCUCAUCAUCAAGGUCUUCAAGCAAAUCUGGUUCGACCUGAAUUGCACUCGCCUGAAGUGACACCACUUCUUAUUAGAUUCAAGAAGUGGCGAUGAUGAUGACUCUUGUAUACGUUGACUCUUCUUUAACCUAAUGUCUAGUUCUAAUAUGAUUAUCACCGGUAUAUAUUAGCCCUCUUCCAAUAGAAGCUCACAUUGUUCAUAGAGA